AUGUACUUUUUCGAGCUGAUGCAGAAGGACAUGGACGUGACCCCCGACGUCAUAACCUUCAAUGCCCUCAUCGGCGCGUGCUCCAGGGGGGCCCAGCCUGACAAUGCCAUGUCCAUGCUGGACGCCAUGCAGGCCAGGGGCCUCGCGCCCAACGUGAUCACCUACAACGUCAUGAUCAGCGCGUGCGAGAAGAGCCGGCAGCCCGAGAGGGCGCUGGAGCUCUUUGAGGACAUGAAGAGACGGGGCCUGGAGCCCGACGUGAUCACCUUCAGCACCAUGAUCAGCGUGUGCGAGAAGGGGCGCCUCGGCGACAGGGCCAUCGAGCUCUUCGACGAGAUGCAGGCCUGCGGGCUCACCCCGGACAUCAUCACCUUCAACUCGCUGAUCAGCGCGUGCGAGAAGGGGCGGCAGCCGGAGAGGGCGCUGCAGCUGUACGAGAGCGCCUGCGCCAAGGGCCGCAUGCCAGAGAAGGCUCUGCAGCUGUUCGAGUGCAUGGAGGAGCGCGGCCUCGUGCCCAACGUCAUCACCUGCAACGCCCUGAUCAGCGCCUUCGACAAGGGCGGGCAGGCGGAGAACGCCCUCAGGACAUUCGAGGACAUGGAGAGGCGGGGCAUCGCGCCCGACGUGGUGACCUAUAACGCGCUGAUCUCGGCGCUGGCAAAAGGCCGCAGGGCGGCUGUCGCUCUGGAGCACUUCGCCGAGAUGCAGCAGCGGGGGAUUGCGCCGGAUGCCGUGACGUACUGCGCGGUGAUCAGCGCGUGCGAGAGGGGCCAGCUCCCGGAGAAGGCCCUCGAGCACUUCGACGCCAUGGUGGAGAGGGGGCUCGCCCCCGAGCCCAGCACCGCUGCCCUGCUUGUCGGCAUGUGCGUGAGGGAGGGCAGGCCUGCCGACGCCGUCCGCGCUUUCGAGGCCGCCCUGCGCUGCGGCCUGCUUCCCGACGCGGCCCUGCGCGCGACGGCGGCGGGCGCGUACGAGAGGCUCGGGCAGCCGGAAGCUGCGCAGAAGGUCCUCAGCGGCAAGCAGGCGCCCCCCUCAAGCUCUUCGCGCUCCUGGAGGGCGCGGCCGGACGGGGCCGCGUUCGCCGAGAAGAAGCAGGCGCUGAGGGCAGCUGGGCGCUGA